UUACCCGUGCAGCCACCUCUGGGCCUCAGCCUCCGUCAUUUCCAAAGCGGAUCGUUUGUUGUCAAAAUGGAGUUUCUACUUGGAAAUCCUUACAGCACGCCUGUGGGCCAGUGUAUAGAGAGAGCCACAGACGGAGGCCUACAGAGUGAGGACUGGACUCUGAACAUGGAGAUCUGUGACAUCAUAAACGAGACAGACGAGGGGCCGAAAGACGCCAUGCGGGCCCUGAAGAAGAGACUGAGCGGCAACAAGAACUACAGAGAGGUGAUGCUGGCGCUAACGGUGUUGGAGACGUGUGUAAAGAACUGCGGUCACAGGUUUCACAUCCACGUGGCCCACAGAGAUUUCAUUGACGGCGUCCUGGUCAAAAUCAUCUCCCCCAAAGCCAAUCCUCCCACAAUAGUUCAAGACAAAGUUMUGUCCCUCAUACAAUCCUGGGCCGAUGCCUUCAGGAGCAGUCCUGAUCUGACUGGGGUGGUCCACAUUUAUGAGGAGCUGAAGAGGAAAGGCGUUGAGUUUCCAAUGGCCGACCUGGAUGCUUUGUCUCCCAUCCACACGCCGCAGAGGGGCACGCCUGAAGUGGACCCAGCGAUGAUGAAGUACCUCGCUCCUAACGCCUCRGCUGCUGUUAGCCCUAAACCCAUUCAGCCCACUCCCACAGCCACGCAGGCCUCCAACAUCCCCAGCCCCGUCACUGCCAGCCCUGAACAGAUCGCCCGGCUGCGGAGCGAGCUGGACAUCGUGAGAGGAAACAUCAAAGUCAUGUCAGAGAUGCUUACGGAGCUGGUCCCCGGCCAGGAAGACGCUUCUGACCUAGAGCUGCUCCAGGAGCUGAACAGAACGUGCCGCGCCAUGCAGCAGAGAGUGGUCGAGCUGAUAAGUCGCGUGUCCAACGAGGAAGUGACCGAGGAGCUGCUGCACGUCAACGACGACCUCAACAAUAUAUUCCUCCGAUAUGAGAGGUAUGAGAGAUACAGAUCUGGCAGGGCUGCACAAAACAACGGGAUGUUAGCGGAGCCGACAGAAGACAACCUCAUAGACCUGGGCCCGGGCUCCCCUGCCGUGGUUACACCCAGAGUUAUGUCCAGCCCUUCGUCCAGCUUCGCCCACAGAGCCACGGCCUCCCCUGCCCACAACCCUUCCACAGCCUCCAUAUCUACUGCACUCGCUAGUCUUGAUGUGGGUUCUGACAGUGUUAGCGGUACCCUCACGUCUCUGUCGGGCCACAACAAGGACGACUUUGACAUGUUUGCCCAAACCAGGAGCAGCUCACUGGCGGAGCAACGCAAGAAUGUAAAAUAUGAAGACCCCCAUGCUCUGGGAGGCCUGGCCUCUGCUUUGGACGUGAGGCAACAAAACACAAGUGGGCUGAGGGUAAAAGGGGAUGAUAACCCAGCAGAUCAGGAGCUGCCCAUAGACAGCUGGCUUAUUACCCAAGGAAUGAUCCCCGUAUCGCAGUCCUCUGUCAUGGAUGAUAUAGAGGAGUGGCUCUGUGCUGACGUGAAAGGAGAUGCUGCUGAGGAGGGAGUGACCAGUGAAGAGUUUGAUAAGUUCCUGGAGGAGCGAGCUAAGGCAGUGGACACUCUGCCGUCUCCCCCCGGCGCUAACCCUCCUCACACCGCUCGUCCCCCCACCGGCUCCCACAAGAAGACUGAGCGGACGGAGGAUGCCCUCUUUGCCUUGUAGACUGUUUGCAGCGAACAUUAGCUUCUCCAGCGGAGGAAUCGGAAGGUCAUCGCAAACAAUUCCCUUCCAAAAGCAGCUCUUCUAGUUCCGUUUUAUUGCCGACUGGAUGGAAAUGGUGUGGCGAGUGAGCUCCACCUUCUUGCUCCUCCUACGCUUAAACCCGUUGAGGUCAAUGGCGUUUACUGCACACUCUGCCAUCUUGAGUUUUACUAUGAAUGGAUGUACAGGUCUGUUAUCGUGGGAUGUAAAACUCGCAGGCCUGCGGCUCAUUUGCAGCAGUCCCACCAAAUGAAGACAAACUAACUCGCCUCACGUGGCGUAACAAUGUGGUAUAUUACUGCUAAGACGAAUAUAAAACUGCAGGCAUACAGUUAGAAUAUUGUUAUUUUACUACAUUCAGCUAAUUGCUAAUUGCAUUUGUUUUUCUAAUGGGUUAAGCUAUACAAUGUACUACAGUGGUGGUUGUGGUUCAUCGAUUAUGUCUUUAAAUCAGCAAAUAUUACAUUUAAGGAUCCUUAAUCCUGCUUGCCAGUAACACUGCAAAACAAGAUUUAUUAUUAAAAAGGAAUAUUAUACACAAUAAACCAAGCAUUUCAUGGCAUUCCUCUAACUAAAAGGGAAAUGUAAUGGUAACAGCAUCAAAAGGAAACUCAUUAACGCAUUUCAAAGCACUGAAGGGAAGAGAGUUGCCCAUUUUAUAUUUUGUAGAUUCAGAAAAAUAUAUACAAACAUGAAGUGGGAACAGCAACCAGCUACAAGCACCUUUUAGCCAUUCCAAAGAAUGUUGAGGCUUUAAUGACCAACUAAGAUUUUAAUUUAUACACAGAGAAUGUAUAAAACGUUGGGGAUAAACUGUGGAGGUCAGUGCAUGUUUUGGUGAUUGAUUGAAAAACAUGUUGUUUUUUAUACUUCAAGUGAUGAAACCAUAAAAUCACAAGCAAAGUGAUAUUAAAAUAGGUCAGAUUUUUUUAUACUCUGUACAGCUCAGCGUCUCUGUUCUACAAAAGCUCAUAAAUGGGAAGGGUGAAUUUUUUUGACAUCUUUCUCACAAUCUGAAUAUUGGGUAAAUAUGUAUCUUACUAUUAACUCUUCAAAAUUUUAGGAAAAACAAACUUUUACAUAAGAAAAACGCUCCUCCGAAUGUGCGAAUGUGAUGAUUGAAGAAUUACAUGCCUCUCUAUGCAUGUACACAAAGUCAAAUUUUCUUUCCUUUUUUUGACAAACGGAAUUAAAAUCCAGUAUGAAAUAUUAAAUUCAAGUAUAAGCAUUUUUAGUCUAUAAGAACUGAGCAGAUUUCUUUUCAUAUAUAACAUGAACCAUAUAUGUUGUCUCGUUUUCUCAUAUUACAACACCGUCCAAGCUUCAACUUGCACAAGCAAAAUAUAUGCUUUAAAUCGUAACAUCACUGCAAAUAUAUGCCGUUGGGGUAAGGUUUUUAAAUAAUGGGCUCACAUGAUUGUUUUCUGAUGGGGAGGAGGGAAAAGGUGGGACUGUACCUUUUUAGGUGUUCAAGCAAAACAUCCCUCUUCGUCAAUUUAUGUAAGUUUAGUUGCCUGUAUCAAGACAUGGAGAAAGUGACAGUUUUCUAUUUGCUUUUGCUAGGGAUUAAUGUCAUUUUAUACUAAAAUAAAUCAAUAUAAAUGUAAUUUUUUCCACAUAUAUUGGCUACAAACCCAUAAAAAUAGUUUGUGUUUUAAUUGGACAUUUUGAUUUUAAAAGCAAACAAAAUAACCAUUUUUCCCCCCCUAAUAUUUCUAAUAAGAUCUAAUUACCAAAACAUGCAUGGACAGUAAAGAGAAUAUACUUUUUUUUUUUUUACACGAAUUAUGAUAUCUGCACUUUGAUGCAAAAACAAAUGUUUUUUUUUUGUCUUUUGUGUUUGUAAAGUUAAUAUUUUUUUAGGGAUGGGAAAGAAUCUUAAAAAUAUCUUCACUUUGCACACUGCUUUUGUUUCUUCGUCUCUCCAGUUUUUGUUUGGGUUCCUACCAGGAUAUCAAGUUUAAGUUUUGAUAAAGCAGCAAUAUUAGGCAUUCGCAUAGGAAAACCUCCAUUAUUUUUAUGAUUAGUAUGAAUAGUGCUGGCUUUAAAAUUGCCUACAUGACAGCGUAUUGAAACUAGAAUGAUGCAAGCUUUAAAAAAAUGUGCAUUUUCACCGAUAGGUCCCCGUACAUUUAAUGCUAUAAAAUCUAUAAACGUCAAAAUACGCUCCUGAUUUAAUAUUUAACGUUUAUUUUAUAUUUCAUUAUAGUUCAUGUAUCGUUCACAACAUUGUUAGGUGCGGUGAGAGGCAGAUGUCUAUUCUAGCAUGACAUUUCUGCCUAUGUUACAGAUGUUUCCAACCACAGUUUAGCUUUGGUUUAGAUGGAAAAUAUCAAGCCAACAAAAAUAUAAAAAAAUCCCCCCCUAUUUUAAUUUUCUUUAAUUAUUAUAACAGUACCUGUUUUCCCUAAUAUAAACUGAUAUAAACGCCUAAUAAAUGACUAGAAUCAAUAGUUUUCAUUCGGAACCUCUGAUUAUGGUUAAACAACUAUGAUUUAUUUUCACAAAGUUACUCAAGUCUCAAUAUUUUAUUUUCUCCAUAGUCGUAAUAUUCAAAUGUAACUUGGUUCAAAUGUAGUAUUGAUCUUUACUUGGUAUUAAUGCUGUAUCGUUACAACUGUUUUAAUAUGGUUGCCAGGUAACUGAGAUAUUAAUUGUAGUCCUUAUAUGUUUUUUUGUUUGUUUUUUUUAAAACUGUUACAGUGCAGGUUGUUCAAUGGCAGAUACCAAGAAAGUCGUCGGAGGUGAUUUCAAAUGAAACUUCUGCUAUUUUCAGUAUUUGUGUUUUACAAGUCUUUGGAUCAGUAACAGUGUUUUCGUUACUUUCUUCGAAGAUUGCAAAAACGUUUUUCACAAAUGUCUUAGCUGUCUAUAUUUGGAUACAGUAUGUCAUUAACUGGAUUAAUGCACAAUGUGUGUACUCAAGGUUUGGACAUCUCAGGUGUUCGACGUCUGUUUGGCUGUACCUUACUGUCUGCUGCCAUUACUUACAAUCUGAUUUGUAUUUGACUCUUUGCACGUGUGUGACUGCCCAAUAAAGCACUAGCAAUGUGUGACCUCUAC